GGGGGGAUGUUGACCUUUACAAUAGCACGUAAUGAUUUGUAUUGUUAGAUUUCUCCAAAAGUUGAAUCUGUUCAUCUGGACGUAGCGUUUUGUGGGAGAAACGUUUCGUCACUUAUCCAAGUGACUUCUUCAGUCUCAGCUGACUGCAGGUUUCCCCAAACCUUAUAAACAGUACAUUUGCAUAAUGACUGAAACCAGCCCACUGAAGGAACAAUGGGCUGUGAGGUCAGUUCCUUAAUCAUAAUUAUGCAAAUUGUUAGAUUUGAUUGCAUCACCUGCAUCGGACGAAAAAAAACCAUAAAACUGAGUAUGCUGUGAAAAAUAAUUUCAUUCCAAAUAUUCCCAAUAUUCUUGUAAAGGCACUGGUUACAGCUAUGUUUUGACUUCUAGAUUGAUGUUCAGAAUUAUUUAGUAAACAUUACGGUGACAGCAAGAAUGACCACUCUAAACUCACCCUAAACUCAAUAUCAGUGAUUUAUAACCCCAAAUCUCCGCCUGCGGGUGUUGCUCCUGCCACCCUGCCUCCGCCUGUCAAACCUGUCACCUCCCGAGCUUUGAUAGACCCAUUUCUCGUACUUCACACUGCAAACCAUUCACCAACGCUCACUGGUCUCGUGUGUCCGAAAUUUAUGUUAGCUCAGUUUUACUAAUGCAUAUUCACUUCACUAUUCACUUCACCACAGCCAAUUAUUUAAAAAGGUACGUGUGUGUGUGUGUGUGUGUGUGUGUGUGUGUGCGUGUGUGUGCGUGUGUGUGCGUGUGUGUGUGUGUGUGUGUGUGGAAGGUGGGGGGUAAAAAACUAUCUCCUAUGUGCCCUCUGCAAUAUUCCUUUAAAAUGUCACCCGGUAAGCCAGGUGUUUUGUCCUGAUCUGUAGUCCUGACAGUUUCGAUACUUAAGUCGUCAUGUAGACACGCCCAGAUUGAUUGUUUCUAUCAGUAAACCCAUUAAUACGUUAAAGGGUCCCUAUUGCCUUUAAUUGUUCUCUACUAUUCUCAACUUUUUGAGAGUAAGUCAGACCGGGGGUGGGGAGGGGAGCUGUAGGUUUCAGUCACGACCUUAGCUGAUAUCUAAUUAGUGGGGAUUAUCGACACCUACACCUCUCCGCUUUUUGUGCAGGCUGAGUGAAUUGUUGUUUUAAGGGAUUUUGAGUGGCUUAAAGGGGAUCUGACAAGUCCGCUGACCAAGUCGCAAGUAAAAGUAUGAAAAGACAGAAACUGGUGGUGAUGAUCCCUUGAUGAGGGACAUGAUUAUGUGGGCUAAAGCGAGAAAGCGAAUCAACGGGAUUAAACGUGAUCAGCCUGAAAGGAUCAUCCAAUACUUAAGCCUACAUACAACUUACAGUUUUUUAAAAAAAUAUUUGGUCAAAAGUCAAACUAAACAUAUUAUGUAAUAAAAUGACCUUGCAAUGCUACAUUUUAAUUGUCACAGCCCUUACGUGUCUUAUGUGUCUUUACUCGUGUAAAUUCCAGACUGUUUUCGCACCAAGUUGUUUCCCAGGGAAACAUCUAUUAUCCUAUUAUCACAACGGUGCCAAUUUCGCCGAUGUGUGAGGCGGUAUUUACAUGACUAUAUACUGUCACUCCUGAAAAGCUGUAAGGCUUUGUAGUACUCUGAGUCCCCGUGGGAUACUGGUGCCAUCUCCCAAAUGUUUCAGCUACACAACAAGCCUCGCGAUUCAGCAUUCAGAACAGAGUUCCAGUGAUUUUAUUUAUAUUAUCUUUUAGCUAAGCUAUCUUCUAUUUGUGUGCACAUUUGUGGACAUCAACAAUAAUCAUCACAAUGAACCCAUACAGAGAUUACUUUUGUGUGAAUUAUGAUCUUCUAUUAGUCUAAAAUAAUACUUUUAUUCUCAAAUAUCUCCAAGUCCGGGGAAUUAUUAGAAGACGGUUUUAAUUACUCUAUACGUAGUGCUCAUAUGGACUAACAUAUACUGACACAUAUACAUAUACUUUAAAUCCAUGCAUAUACUUUGUAUUAAUAAUUACCAUCAGAGCCUGGGAACAACAGGUGAAUUCGUCUGCGUUGCUUCUUUGAAGUGCACUUAUGCACCGACAGUUCCUAUUUGUCCAUGGGAAGCCCCAGCCAAUGUCGUUGACGCAUUUCACAGUAAAAUGUUACUUGCUGGACAAAUCUGUCUGUCAAAGGGGGCACGACCAUAUAAAUAUCAUGAGCGCCGAGUAGGGCAACAAACUUCAGUCGCCUCCUUCUUUUCUUGGCGCUCACAUCUGGAAUACGUCACACUGGCCUCUGCUUGGAAUACACACGCUAUGCAACCAAUGAAUUUCUCUACAGUCUUGGUUCUGUUCCUGUGCUGUGUUUUUCAGCUGUCGUCUGCUUGGUAUGCUUUUUUUUCUCUCGGGAAGAAAGUUUUAAAUGUUAUAGUUUCUAUGGGUUUGCAAUUGGCACAAUAACUUACAGGUUUAACAUGACUAUCUUUUUUUUCCCCUCUACAGGACCAUGAAUAAUUUCUUGAUGACUGGACCUAAGGCCUAUCUGACCUAUGCCAGCAGUGUGCAAGUGGGCGCACAGAGUGGGAUACGAGAGUGUAAACGCCAAUUCGCUUUGGAGAAGUGGAACUGUCCAGAGAACACGCGUUCCUUGUCCCCACAUAACGGCCUGCGGAGUGCCACAAGGGAAACUUCUUUCGUCCAUGCCAUCAGCGCUGCCGGAGUGAUGUACACGCUCACUAAGAACUGUACAGCUGGGGACUUUGACAACUGCGGCUGCGAUGACUCCAAAAUUGGACAGCCAGGCGGUGCAGGGUGGAUUUGGGGAGGAUGCAGUGACAAUGUGGCUUUUGGGGAGAAGAUCUCAAAACAGUUUGUGGAUGCGCUGGAAGAUGGGCAUGACUCGCGCGCAGCGGUCAACUUGCAUAACAACGAGGCAGGCAGACUGGCAAUCAAAGCAACCAUGAGGAAAGCCUGCAAAUGUCACGGAGUAUCUGGAAGCUGCACCAUCCAAACCUGUUGGAUGCAGAUGGCCGAUUUCAGAGAAGUGGGUAACUACUUGAAGAUGAAGUACAAACAUGCAAAGGAACUGGAAAUGGACAAGAAAGCGGCGAGAGCAGGGAACAGCGCUGACAACCGAGACGCAGUCACGCACACUUUUUUGAGCGUCGCUACAACGGAACUCAUUUACCUGGAGAGUUCUCCAAAUUACUGCGUCAAGAACCAGACCCUCGGACUCCACGGUACAGAGGGACGGGAGUGCUUUAAGGAGGACAAGAACAUGUCCCAGUGGGAGAAAAAUAGCUGCCGCAGAUUGUGCAAUGAAUGCGGCCUGAAAGUGGUGAAGAAGCGCACAGAGGUUUUCACCAGCUGCAACUGCAAAUUUCACUGGUGUUGCACAGUCAAGUGUGAAAAAUGCAAGCGAGUUGUAGCAAAAUAUUUUUGUGCGCACAAAAGUGGGAAGAAAAAGAACAAAAAAGGCAGGAACAGUGCGCAUCAACAGUGACGGGGAUCUCUUGCAAAAAUUGAGCUCUUCACAUUAUUCGAUAAAUAUGAUUUUCAUCAUAUUAAUCAGUUUUAUAUUUACGAGCUACAUCAGAAUUUAUUCUGCAUCAUGAGAAUGUUAUUUAAAAUUUUAGCUGAAGUCAUUUAAAGCACCUUUCCCCCCUUUAGUCUUGAAUGGAUUGUGUAUAGGUCAAAUGUCGUCUUGUGGACCAAAAUCUCCAAGCAUUGGAGCAACAGUCCCAGUGUUGGGAGUUCCGAGGAUGUUUGUUCGCUGUUUAUAAAGUGUGACUACUGAAAUUGGUUUAAUAUUUAAAAGUCU